AUGUCUCUGGUUGGAGCACUUCUUUUCUGCAACGAUUGCGGUGGUCUUUUGGAGCGAUGCCCCGCUUCUCAAGCAAACAUCGACUGUGAUUGGCCCACCUCCAUCACCACCGAAUCAGCACCCACAGCAUUCCCAUCACGCCUCCGCGAUGCCCGCUCAGAGAUCCAAGUUCUGAGUGCUGAAGACCGCGAGACUUGGGCCAUGACGACUACAGCAUGCCCUCAAUGCGCCAACCCUGAAAUGAGAUUCAGAGAUGUGCAGUUGAGAGGUGCGGAUGAAGGAAGUACGAUUUUCUACAGGUGUCCCAAGUGUGAUUAUAAAUUCAACACCAACAACUAA